AUCCCCGCGCGCCCACCCCGCGGCUCCCGCCUUCCCCCGGGCUCUCGGGGCCCCCCGCCGGGCCUGGGGCAGCCCUGGCGGGAGGGCGCGGCGCGCGCGGCUCCCCCGCCCCGCGCGCCCGCCCGCCCGGGUCCCGCCGUUAUUGGGAUGCGGAGGCCGAGGCUGGCAGCGCCAAGAGCGCGGGAGACCCGGACCAUGCUGGGUAGCGGGCGGCGGCGCCCGGCGGACUCGCACCCCGACCAGUGGGUGCUGGUUGCACCAGAGCCUGUUACUGAUCUUCCUAUGAAACCUGAUGGUGGACCUUUAUUUACAAGACUGCGUAAUCCAAGUACAGGGGAAGCUGCCCUCUACUUAUUCAAUAGCAGUGCACAGCAGCUGUUUGAAGUAAAAGCUUUUCAUGAAGAAUAUCGUUCUUGGUUUAUAGGUCAGGCUGUUCAACAUGAUGGACGCCUAUUGUUUGCAACACCAAUGGAUCCUUUAUUUCUGGUGCUUUUCUACCUCAUAAAGGCAGAGAAAGAGCAAGGAAAGUUCCAACCACUGGAUCAAGUUGUGGUUGAUUCAGAAUUUUCUAGCUGUACGAUGUUGCUACAGAGUGCAAGAGUUAUGGACUCACUACAUCAUGUGAUAGAAGAAAAAGAAAUUGGCAAUAAGAAAUUUUAUAAAUACAGCCAAGAGAAGACAUUGAAGUGGUUAAAGAAAAAGGUCAGCCAGACAGUGAAAGUACUUAAAAGCAGCAAUGUAUGUGUGGGUGGAAGGGUGCAAUCAGCUACAUUUAUCAGCGGCAAACAAAUCACAGAUGUUAAAGAAGAUGACUAUGUACGAUAUGCCCAUGGUUUAAUAUCAGAAUAUAUUUCUGAAGAUCUGAGUGCUGAGCUAUCUAAAUACUUACAGCUUCCAGAACUUACAAGUCCAGAAGCAGACCCUCCGCUAAAGAUGUCAGAAAAAAGAUGUCAGAGGAAGAAAUGAAGAACAUAAUGAGGCUUGGUUAUAUCACUUCAUACUCUCAAAGCAGCUUUUAAAACUUUCUUUUGUGCUUUCUAAAAGUGAUUUCUUAGAACAAGGCAUCCCUAAGCUUUAAGAAACAGUUAAUGUCAACAGAUAACAUUGUUGAACAAGCUGUAUGUUAAUCAUAUGCAGCUUAAAAUUUUAUAGCUAAUACAAUAUUGCUCUGUAAGGCCUUUUCAGGAAGAUACUUUAAACACAUGUGUAAAAGUAAGCAUGUGAGUAGUCCAAUGGGUCUGCUCAUGUGGUUAAAUGCUUUGCUAGCGUAGGGCGCAAGGGCUCAAGCCUACAAGGUGCUGAGUACUCUGACCCUGAUCCAGCAAAGGCACAUAUUCGCAUGCUUAACUUGAAAUACAUGAGCAGUUCCACUGACACCUUUGCAUUUGUGAUAUCCAUAAAAUUCAUGUGUAAAAUUAAGCACAUGCUUAAGUACUUCGCUGGAUCAAGGCCAGAGGUUUGAGAAUCAGCUCCUAAAAGAUGCCGUAUUUCUGUAGGAUUUUAAAUGAUUUUCACUUUUUAUAAAGCUUCUGAUUAAGUGGUGACGAUUUCAAUUUUAAGAAGAUUCGGUUACAUAUCUACAUACAUUGUUGAGGAGCGUCUCUUAUGUUGUAGGUUCCAAACUGUGCUGGGAAGCAGAAUUUUGAUUACAGAUAGGAAAGCAUUAAAAAUUGGGCAAAAAAAUUCCCUUGCUGCUAAAUUUGAAUUGGGAAUAAUUUAAGAAUCAUUAUGUGAGUAAGCUCCACUCUCACCUCUUGGAAUUAUAGUAGUUUGAUGUACAUCAUUCUACAAUGUUUAGUCUUGAAUCAGUGUUUUCGUUAUAAAGGCAGCAGUUAAAAAAUAUAAUCAUAAGAAGGCUGAGAGCUAAUAUUUUUGUAAUGGAUAAGAUAAUGAAAAUGUGCAUUUUAUAAUACUAGAACUAAACAGAUGGUUUUAGCUUUUUACAGAUUAGUCCAUUUUGUUGCAUUAUAUGGGAGCAGUGGAAAGCCAACAAAUAAUGAGAGAAUUUUAAUUUCUGUGCAUGCAUGAUACAUUUUAGGUUACUAAAUUUCAACCAAAUUAUCCUUGUGAGAAUAUUUAGAACUUAGAUUGUAUGUGCAAGAAUAGCAGCGGGAUUAUAUGAGAGGACAUAACUACUAUACGUGGUCCAAAGCCCACUACUUAGUAACAUGCACUGUAAUUGUUUCUAUCAGGCAUACGGUAUAUGUUUGCAAAAAUGAUUGCCUGUACCAAUUUGCUCUUAACAUUAAAUUUUGCAAAAUAAAUGUUGUAAACUAAUAAUUAACAACAGUUUUAAAAUCACUGGCCAUAUAGUUCUAUGAAUCUUAACUAUGGGCCCAAUUGACCAAAGCGCUUAAGCAGAUGACCUGUAUGUUUACAUAAAGCCUAAAUAUGUGUAUGAGAGUGACAAGGUGGGUGAGAUAAUAUCUUUUAUUGGACUAACUUGUGUUGGUGAGAGAGACCAGCUUUUGAGCUUGGAACCUUGUGUCUAGCUGUGACAUGCUUAGUACUUUACUCAGACUUGAAGAAGAGCUCUUUAUAAGCUUAAAAGCUUGUCUCUGUUACCAACAGAAGUUGGUCCAAUAAAAGUUGUUACCUCACCCAUCUUGUCUCUCCAAUAUCUUGGGACCAACAUGACUGCAACAAUAUUGCAAAUAAAUGUAGUGUUGAGGGGGAAAAUAUUUUGGCCCAAUUCUUCAGUCAUGUGUCGUGCCCAGGGAAGUCAAUGAGAGUUCUGAGUAGAGUUGAUUGGGAUAUUUCUGGGAAACUACAUUUCAACAACAGCCAAAAGGGGGGGCGGAGCGGGGAGAUGAUUCAAUUUUCGUUUGUUUCUGACCAGCUCUAGUUUUGAAUAGGAAAGAAGGAUUGAAAAGGAAAGGAUUGCAGGACUAAGCCCUUAAAUGUUUGACUCUUCUAUGAAAUAAGUUAUUUUAUGAACACUCCUUUUAGAAUUCUAUACUGAUAUUGUCUCUUUUAUUGGCUUUGCACUGGACUAGUUAGCACUGAUCACUUGUCAUGGCUGGUUAAUGUGUAUUUUAAUAUAGAUUUCAAGAUAUUCUUGUGUGGAGGAUUCAGCGAUUUGAUGAGAUUCUAAACUGCAUUUUCUGUUUUUGCUAACUUGUAUUCAAAAUAUGAGAUGUAUAAAUAAUACCGUAUACUUCAUUAAAGGGCAUGGUUCA